CAUAUUGCAGUGUGUUUUAAUAUAUUACUGACCGUGAAAUAACGUACAGUUUGUGUUUCAGGAUUUUGUGUUAAUAUUGUGUAUUUUAACUUUGUUAUAUUAUUUAUUAUCUACUAUUGUAAUGAUGGAAUUUGUUAUCGUUUUGAUAUUUUGUGUGGUUCUUGUGAUUGCUGUAAUGGUAAUUGGUUCCGGGAUGGGGAAAGCUACUUCUUCGCAGCGUCAGAUGGACAUCAUUAACGUCGCUCAGAACUUAUAUGUUUUAAUUAGGAAAGGCGACUUGAAGAAAUGUGACGUUACGCAGACGACCGCGUUUCUUCUCAACAUCGCAAAGUCAACUGUUCUCAAGUAAGUAGGCUUUUUUCGUUUUCAUGCACGUAAAAAAAAUAUCGACUGUGUCCUAAGUAUUGUCGGCCUGUGUUUUAACUCACGAGGUUUUUUGUGUUUUAUUUCCAAUUUAUAUUUUUUGGUGUGAGACAACACCGCCAUGUGGCGUCUCUGUUGAAAAGUUAACCUAAAAUCAUAUUAGGCCUACUCAGGUCCUAACAAUAAAAAUAUAGGCACUUUCAAGUAUUUUUGUGGGUGUGAUACACGUUUGUUUAUAACGAUGUUUAUAAACUUUAUGAUAGGUUUAACUAUAACAUAAGGGAGUGAUUUUAUAAUUUGCAUUUAAUUAGUUUUUCAUCUGUUUGGGAGAUCACAAAAUAAAUAAAAAAACACUUCAUUAAUUUCGUGGACAAAGUCUGUCAUGUUUCCAUUUAGUGACCACAAAGCAAAUAUUUGUGACAAAAUGCCAUAUUUGGAACACUGCCUAACUGCGUAUUGUGAACGGGUCCCCGGAAAAGUGUUAUGACAAAUGUUUUUUUUUUUUGGUUAGGUACUACAAGAAAGACAUUGAAGAAGUUUCAACACCAGGAAAAAAGAGGAAAAAAAGGCCACAGGAAGGAAAGUCACUUGACACAGUCGACGAUUUCACAGUAAAUGCAAUCAGGAAUGCAAUUUACAGGAUGUACGCUGAAGGUUUGAAUGUUACAGUCGACACCAUUUUGAAAGAAAUCAGGGAAAGACAAAUAGAUUAUUAUGGUGGAAGAUCAAGUCUUCAUAAAUUGUUAAAGAAGAUGGGAUUUUCAUGGACAACUGUUGAUGGACGAAAAGCUUUGAUAGAGAAUGAAAACAUAGUAUUGCAGCGAAUAGAUUUCUUGAGAAAGUAUAAAGAAGAAAAAGAAAGAGGUGCCAAUUUCAUAUUUGUUGAUGAAACAUGGAUUUUCCAGAGAGGCAAGGCAUUAAUUUAUUUGAAAAUUUGUUCUGUGGUCCAAUACAAAGUAUUUCAUUUCCAUUUCAUAUAUUUUUCAGGAACUGUAUCAAAGUCAUGGCAGGACAAGAGUCUACAAUCUGCGAAGAGACGUACUGUUGGAGAUGGUAAAAGGUUUAUUGUUGUUAAUGCUGGAGGGCGCACUGGCUUUGUGCCAGGAGCAGGAUUACUUUUUGUUUCAGGUCAGAAGACUGCAGACUACCAUGGCGAGAUGAAUGGGGAAGCUUUCUUGAUGUGGUUUGAAGACAUGUUGGUGCAUCUUGAGGAACCCAGUGUCAUCAUAAUGGACAAUGCUUCAUAUCACAGCACGCAGAUGGGCGAGGUGUGUGGAUCACGUGGAGAAGCUAAUUCAAGCAGACUGGGAGAGAGAAGUCCACAUAGACAGCAGCACCAUUCCUCCACUCAUCAUCCACCUCGGCAAGGAUACUUCAAGUGAAGACAGUGACAGCGAAGAAUUUGAGGUUACGACACAGCAAGUAGAUGGAGACAGUGAAGUACUGGCAGUUCCUCUUGAUGAUUUACCCGGGUGUUCUUAUUGAGGUCUGUAUGUAAUAAACACCUGGGCAACUGUAAGUAUUGGGGUUUGAAACAUUUUUUUUUCUUUUAUGCAUUCCCAUUAAGUAUGUUG